GCAGACUGUUCAGUGCUUGAGCGCUGCUUCACUGCUCCAUCACUUCAGUGACUGCUCCUCCGCGUCUCAAUGUAAAUCAAUGAUCCCGGCGACCCUUUUGGUCGCCCUUUUUAUUAUCCGGACUCUAUUGUGUAACUCCCUGGUGUCGUCGAAACAUCUUUGAUUUUUAUCAGCGAGAAAACUUCCCAGCAGCUGCGGGCAACUUUCCGUCGCGCGCUGAGGUGAAGAAAUGCAUUAGCUCGCUCAGCUAGCAGCAGCUUUCUUCGGCUCUCCAGCAUCUAGCGCUGCAUUGUAAUGUUUUUCCGUGUCUCCAGUCGUGAACUAACCCUCAUGGAUUAGCUGGAUGGUUUUUAUCCCUCGUAAAUGAAAGGAAAAUAACAGAAAGGUUCGGUAUAAGUGCCUGAGCUGUGGUGAGGAUGAGCAGCAAGCGGAGUUUGUUUUUGCGGCUGGUGCCAUGCCGCUGCCUGCGGGGCGAGGAGGACCCCGUCACCUCGCUGGACUACUCACAUUGCAGCCUGGAGCAAGUCCCGAAAGAGAUCUUCAGCUUCGAGAAGACCUUAGAGGAGCUCUACCUCGACGCCAACCAGAUCGAGGAGCUGCCCAAACAACUUUUCAACUGCCAGUUGCUCUACCGAUUGAGUCUACCGGACAACGACCUGACGGUGCUGCCACCGGGCAUCGCGAACCUCAUCAAUCUCAAGGAGCUCGACGUCAGCAAGAACAGCAUCCAGGAGUUUCCUGAAAAUAUCAAGAACUGUAAAGUCCUGGCCAUCGUAGAAGCGAGUGUGAACCCUAUAUCAAAACUCCCAGAAGGCUUCACGCAGCUCCUCAGCCUGACCCAGCUCUACCUAAAUAAUUUAUAUAUAUUUUCUCUCUCUCUCUGUUUCCUCAGACUAACCAAACUGCAGAUUCUGGAGCUGCGGGAGAACCAGUUAAAGAUGUUGCCAAAGAGCAUGCAUAAGCUCACACAGCUGGAGCGCCUGGAUCUGGGCAGUAAUGAGUUCACUGAAGUGCCUGAAGUGUUGGAGCAGCUUACAGGAAUCAGAGAGCUGUGGAUGGAUGGAAAUAAGCUGACGUUUUUACCGGGGAUGAUCGGGGCACUGAAGCAACUCUGCUACCUGGACGUGUCCAAAAACAAUUUGGAGUUGGUUGAGGAGAAGAUAUCUGGCUGUGAAAACCUGCAGGAUCUACUGCUGUCCAACAACGCUUUGACACAGCUGCCAGGGUCUAUAGGCUCACUGAAAAGACUGACCACUCUGAAGGUGGAUGAUAACCAGCUCAUGUACCUGCCUGACACGAUAGGCAGACUCACGACUCUGGAUGAGCUCGACUGCAGCUUCAAUGAGAUCGAGGCGCUGCCGUCCACCAUCGGCCAGUGUGUGAACCUGUGGACGUUUGCUGCAGAUCACAACCUGCUCACACAGAUGCCUCCAGAGAUGGGCAGUUUGAAGAACGUCACCGUUCUCUUCCUGCACUCAAACAAGCUGGAGACUCUGCCGGAGGAGAUGGGCGACAUGCAGAAACUCAAGGUCAUCAAUCUCAGCGACAACAAGUUGAAGAAUCUUCCGUACAGCUUCACUAAACUCAACCAGAUGACCGCAAUGUGGCUGUCUGAAAACCAGUCAAAGCCCCUCAUUCCCCUGCAGAAAGAGGAGGAUCCGGAGACGCGCAAGACCGUACUCACUAACUACAUGUUGCCUCAACAGACCAGAGCUGAGGACUAUGUGCCCAACUCAGACAGCGAGAGCUUUAACCCGUCUCUGUGGGAGGAGCAGCGCAAGCAGCGGGCGCAAGUGGCAUUCGAGUGUGACGAGGACAAGGAUGAGAGAGAAACGCCCCCGCGGGAGGGCAAUCUGAAGCGUUACCCCACACCGUAUCCUGAUGAACUGAAGAACAUGGUGAAAACAGCUCAGUCCGUGGCUCACAGACUCAAAGAGGACGAGUCCGGUGACGAGGCAGGAAAAGAGACCAGGGCCAGUGAGAGGAACCACAUCGGAGUGCAGGAUGUUGGCGUGAAGGUGAUUGAAAGUCCCUGCACUAAUGGCAGAGCUGUUGAAAUGGAGCCUAAAGCAAUGAUGAACAGUCAUCAAAAUUACAAGCCUAUAGAUUCAUUAGACAACCACAGCGUUGAAAGGAUUCCUCUCAAGACCUCAGACAACAUGAGAACUAUGAUGAACCAUGAUGACACCCUUGAGGACUCAGAGGAGCUGUCAUCUGAGGAGGAGGAAAUGAAGAUAGCCGAGAUGAGACCUCCACUCAUCGAAAUCUCCAUUAACCAGCCUAAAGUAGUGGCCCUCAGCAAGGACAAAAAAGAUGAUGGGAAAGAUGCUGACUCUUUGCUGGAUGAGACGGUGGCCAACAGUAACCAGAACAACAGCAACUGCUCUUCACCAUCACGCAUGUCUGAUUCAGUGUCCUUGACCACAGACAGUAGUCAGGACAACUCCCUCUGCACCCCAGAGAGAGAGUCAAAGAUGCCUCUCGUCCCCAAGAGCGGACAAGAGGAUGAAAACCUCAACCAGCUGAAGCAGAUGAGCCCUCUACUCCAGAACUGCAAUGGCUCUGAGACGUCUCUACAGACCAUCCUGAAGAACCAGCAGAGCUAUGAAAGCAAGUCAGACCAAAUGGCCGACUACAGUCUCUCCAUGGAGGAGAGGCUUGCCCUCAUUGAAAGGGGCAUAAAGAACGGCGUGGCAGAGCAGUACAGCAAGUGGGAUCAGAUCAACAUGAACGUGGCCAAACUCCCACCUGACAACAUAGUGUCGUAUGAGGACCUGGAAAGGACCAAAAGUCCCUCAGCCAAGGAGUCCAUUUCAAGCAACAACAAUGCCAUGGUGUCACUCGAGAACCUUGAGAAUGGGAAUCGGAUUCAGAAAACCCAGUCUGGGGAGAAUUUUAAUGGCCGAACGGAUCAAGUUCCCUUGCGGUAUGAGUCUACGAGGACCGUCUCGACAGGUGUAACAGCCUUAAGCGACAUGAGUCUUUCUCGUAGUACAGAGGAGCUGUCGCCAGAGAAGAAAUAUCCACCAGCUCCAGUGGUGAAAUCUCAGAGCAUUGCCAACAUGGAUGGUGGAGGGAUGAAGCUGUACUCCAUCGAGGGAGAAGGCCCCCCCUAUGAAGUGGCAUGUGCAGCCAGAACAUCUGUAAGCGGUGCUCAGGGCCAGAGCAUCGUCCGCUCCAAGUCCGCCUCCUUGCUCAACGACCAGCCAUUGCAGAUCUACCCUGGUUCCUCUGCAUCAUCCUCUGACCUGUUGUCCAACUCCAAACCUCUGAUUAGCAGCGCCCGCUACCCCACUGGCCCCCCACCGCAGUACAACAUCCAGUACGCCAGUAGCACUGUACCCAAAGACAACUUGUGGAGCCAACGUACCCCCGUACCUCCUGAGCAGCCCUACCUGCCACCACAGCACUCCCUUGCCAAUACCAACUACUCCAACCGCAACAACGCCCCCCCAUAUCCCCAGCCCCAACAACGUGGCCCGCCCAAGACACCGGACAUGUGGGCCAAGGAAAGGAUGCUGCCACCUGUUGGCCAGCGUGGCACCUUGCAGAGACAAGGUAGUGGAUCCUCUGGCAGCCCCAUGUGCAUGCCGGACCCACGUCGCAUGCCAGGAAUGGAAGGAGAGUACAUGACCUACCGGGACAUUCAUGCAGCAGGCCGUGGGCCUCUGCAGAUGAGCCAGGCUCUCCACAGACCCUUGUCGGCCCGCACAUAUAGCAUGGACGGACCCAACGCUCCCCGGCCACAGAGUGCCCGGCCCCCACCUCACGAGCUUCCAGAGAGGACCAUGUCCGUCAGCGACUUCAACUACCAGCACGCCAGCCCCAGCAAGAGACCCAGCAUGAGGGUGAAGUCAGAGCACUCGUUGCUGGAUGGGCCAGUCAGCGGAGGCGGCAGGGUUCCAGCAGACUGGAGGGAUCAGGUCAUGAGACACAUCGAAGCCAAGAAGAUGGAGAAGAGUGCUCUCUCUCGGUCUUUGGCCACUCUCAUUGGCAGUCAGAGCUCUCUGGCCUUUAGUGCUGUAGACGGAUGGCAGUUUGGAGCUCAUGGGCCCAGCGACGAUGUCUUCAGUCCUCAAGGACAACAGGGCUACCAUAUCGACACUCUAAGAAAAGUGCCUUUGAUGAACGGCCAAAUGUGUCCUCCUGUGAGAGCUCCCAUGAGCUGCGCUCAGCCACCAAUGGCACGCCACCCCUCACGAGAGCAGCUCAUCGACUAUCUGAUGCUCAAAGUGUCCCAGCAGCCCCCGGGGCCUCCACGGGUCCCACACGAGAUGCUGCAGCAGGAGCUCCAUGUGAAGAUUGAGAAGAAUCCUGAGCUGGGUUUCAGUAUAUCAGGAGGAGUGGGUGGUCGUGGGAAUCCCUUCCGCCCAGACGACAAUGGCAUCUUCGUGACGAGGGUUCAGUCGGAGGGAUCUGCUUCAAAACUCCUUCAGCCUGGGGACAAGAUCAUCCAGGCAAACGGAUACAGCUUCGUUAACAUCGAUCACGGAUACGCAGUAUCCCUCCUGAAGAUGUUCCCCAACACCGUCGACCUGAUCAUCUUUCGAGAGAUGGCCGCAUAACAGAUGAAGCUGAAUGAGCACCGUCUUAUUUUUGUACCGAGAGGAGCCAGUGCUUUAUAUAGUUAAUCUGAACUGAUGCUAACGGGACGAUGGUUGACCGUCAGUGAAGAGGGGCGAAACCACUGACUCAAGUGGAAGACAGAAGCAUGCGCCUUCACUGUGGGAUGGUCUGUUGGCGCAGACCAACUGAUAUGAAAACCUGUGCUUUUUGUAAAGUUUUUGUUUUCCUUUUUUAAGACGUCACCUGGGUAUAGAGCUCUUGUGGGACAUUAGCUGUAGCUGACCGUUUGAGGGCAGGGCUCUCAGUCACAACUCACUCGUUUUUAUUAUUUUAAAGAGAUCUUUAAAACCACUUUUAUGACCUGUGUGAGAUUCAGAGCUAGACAACAAUGCUACGUGCUAACUGUGAUAAUGAAUGUAGAACUGGGCUGAGCUAAACCGAACUGGAUGUGAAAUCUGUUGGCCUGGUGGCCACCGUUCUCACCUAGUUGUGAAGAAAAAUCCCUCUAAUUUGGAUGAAAAACUUGUUCGCUCGAUGCUAGCAACUCUUCUAGUCUUCGCAACUUGAUCAGAAAUCAUCUUUCUCUACUUUCUGCAAUGUUCCUCCAGUGAAAUAAGAGUCUCUUCCUACAAACUUCUAUGGAGUGAGACAAACGCCACCAGUAAGGAUGCGCCGAAAUGCUCCCUGUAUGUAAAACUUGGACAGGAACACGAUGAAGAACUUCAAUGAGGAUUUCGAUAGAGAACAGCCUUGCGGAAAAAAAAGACAUACACGGAAACAGAAAGUGGUUCUUAACCAAAGCAUAUUGGGACAAUGGCGGCAUGCAACUGCUGGCAUGUCAACUUCUUUCCUCGUUCUACAACACAGCCACGAUUCCAACGCCGCCGAACUAAUCUGAAGCACUCACGUAUGAACGUGUUUUUUUUCUUAUUUCAUUUUGGAGUUCAUCGAAACAGUUUUCUAUUCUGUGAAGAAGACUGUAAACGUAAUAUUUUAUUCUCUUACGAAAACAUUCUAACUUUCGACUAGUGGUGCGGUCAUGGACGUUCGUUUGCUAUUGAGGGCUGAGGAACGACAUGUCAAGUGCCAUAGACCCUGAACUGUCAGACAUGGGUUCGACCCAGAGCAAUACUCAUUUAGAUCCACGCCGCAUAUUCAGUGGCCUUAUUGGGCUGACGAAUGUCACCGUGGACGAAAGAGCAAUAGAAAGUCCUUUAUUCCAUUCGCAGGAUGCAGUCAGUUGCGUUUUUAAUAACGAAAUAACGAAACCCAUUUAGUAUUUCUCGAUUGAUAAAGCAUUUUAUAUUGUAAAUCUUUUAAAGAGAAAAACAGGAGAUUGCAUUUCAGAUUUAUUUGUAAAAAAAAAAAAAAGUUCGUAAAAUGAAAAAAUCUGUGCGCGAAUUAAUGUCUCGUCACGUCACAUUAGCGACUGCACUGCUGUUUCCAGACAUCCCUACGAAGAUUAUCAUAACAUUGUACGUGGAUACAUCGACUUCUUCAAUAGCAAAGAUAUUCGAAAAGCGACGAAGCCUCGUAAAACGUUAAUCGUAAUGUUUGAUGAUGUAGUCACAUCGAAAGGCCAUGAAAGAUUUGUGCUAUGUCUGCAUAUGAGGAGAACGGCCUCCUGUCGACUGUAGUCUACUGUGUGUGUUAUCUGCAUGAAGUUCAUCCUUUUGAUCAUCCUUCACUGUAUUCUUCGGUAGACUGGAGCGCUAAAUGAAUCGAAGUAAUCAAAUUAACAUACUGAUAAUGUAACAAAUCCACAAUUAAAUGUGAAAGUGCAGUCACCGUUUUUACGAGAGCUCAAAAGAGUUCAGUUCAUUCUGAAUUGAUUCGCAGUUGAAUUCAGAUGGGUCGUUUUUCACACUAUUUUAAUUAGCAUUGACACGCCGCCCUCAAAGUAUGUUAAACUAAGUAUUGAGUCAUUAUUGUUUAUGAAUUGGAAAA